ACUUCCAACAAAUGUCACAUUUCAUUUAAACAAAACAGCUGUUCACAGCUGUCAAUGUUCAUAAUUCUUGUUUUCACGAGUCGGAGGGCCAGGUUAAUGAGAGUAAAAUGUUUAAAUUAACAAAAGUUAUUGCACAAAAUGCAUCUGCACUCAGUGGCAUUUCGAAAAACGCUCGUCUAUUGAGCACGGCUGCUGUUCGAUAUUCCUCGUCUACGGCAACAACGAACAGCCCCUCAGCAAACGCCAUUGACAGUAAUCCCGAUGAACCAAUACAAAUAUCCAAUCCCUUCGAAAAGGAACGCAAAGUGUGCAUUUUGUGCAAACACAACAUAACGCCAGACUAUAAGAAUGUUAAGUUACUUUCACAAUUCCAAUCGCCUUAUACCGGCCGCAUUUACGGUCGCCACAUUACCGGAUUAUGUAAACAAAAACAAGAAGAUGUGGAGAAGGCGAUACGUAGGGCCCAACACUGUGCAUUGAUGCCAACAUAUCACAAGGACUUGGAGUUCUUGAAAGAUCCCAAGCUAUUCGAUCCAGAGAAACCAAUUAGACCACAUAAAUAUUAGACGGCGGCAGUUGGUGUUUUAGUUUAUAACUUUCAUACCAUCCACAUCGUAUAAAUUGUAAUUCUCUACUGUUGAUUUUGUUUGAAUUGAAAAAUAAUAAGAUGAGGUAUUUAAUCAUAAACAA